AUGGCUACCAGACGACAAGCAGCGGCAGCAGCCAGAAAGGCAGCGGCAGCAGCACCGUCCCCCCCUCCCCUAGAUGGUCACACAGUCGCACUCUGCGGAAACUUCACCUCGUACAGCCAUAACCAAUCGUCGAUGGAGGACACGGUGCGUCGGCUGGGCGGCAAGGUGGCCAAGAGCAUCACCAGGACCACCACCCUCCUCAUCUGCUCAGAAGUCGAAUACAUCGACCGCUCCAACAAGGUCAGGGACGCUAUGGCCAAGAAGAUGCCCAUCCUAGGCCCCGGGUGGCUCCUCGACACCGAGCGGGAGAAGAGGGUGGUAGACACGGCUCCUUAUGACUGGGACAUCAUCAAGCCUACCUCUACCAACAAUUCCACUGUCAACAGUGCCAAUGGUGGCGACAAGAAGAAUAAGCGUCCUGCCCCACCGACCCCGGCCGGGGAUGGUGGGCCGGACGUCAAGAAGACCAAGAUCGUGGCCGAGGGUCAGUUUAUGAAGAAUGAUGGCGUUAUACAGCCUGAUGAGCAUUGGCCCCUCGUCGGGUACCAGGUUUAUGUCGAGCCUGACACUUGCCUCAUCUGGGACGCUUCGCUUAACCAGGCUAAUUCGGGGAGGAACAAUAAUAAAUUCUAUCGGAUACAGCAGAUCCUGCACAAUCCAGACACUGGCGAUUACAAGACUUGGACUAGGUGGGGCCGUGUCGGUGACACUGGCCAGAGUGCCAUCCUCGAGGAGGGAGGCCUUGAUGUCGCCGUUACAGAAUUCAAGAGAAAGUUCAAGGACAAGUCCGGUCUGGCGUGGGAGCACCGUGGGGAUGAUCCUAAGCCCAACAAGUACGCUUUUGUUGAGAAGAACUACAAUGACUCGGACGACGAGGAUGAUGAUGAUGACGCCAAGCCCAAGAAGAAGACGGCCAAGCCGGAGGGCGGAUAUGGAGGAGCUGGGGCUGCUGGAGAGGAAGAGGGGGGGGAGCUCGCAUCCCCCAAGUCCGCCCUCCCAAAGCCCGUCCAAGAGCUCAUGGAACUCAUUUUCAACCAGAAGUAUUUCCAGGCCACCAUGGACUAUCUCAACUACGACGCCAACAAGCUGCCCCUGGGCAAGUUGAGCAAGUCAACCAUCACUCGUGGUUUCCAGCAGCUCAAGGACCUGGCAGCCCUGCUCAACGACCCCAGCCUGGCCGCGUCCCGGUGGCAGACCACCCUCGGCCCGGCUCGGGAGCGUCUGUCCAACACGUACUACUCUCUGAUCCCGCACGAUUUCGGCCGCCACCGCCCGCCCACCAUCAUGGACGGUGUCCUACUCAAGAAGGAGAUUGAUCUCCUGGAGAGUCUGUCGGACAUGAAGGCCGCGGCGGACAUCAUGAAGGUGAACAAGAAGACGCAGGAGACGGUCAACAAGUUGGACGCGCAGUUCCAGGGCCUGGGGCUGGAAGAGAUGUGCCCCCUCGACAGGAAGAGCGAUGAGUUCUCCCUGCUGGCGGGGUACCUAAACGGGUCGCGCGGGUCCACGCACCACGUCAGUUACAAGAUCCAGGACAUCUUUCGCGUCGAGCGGCAGGGAGAGCGCGAUCGCUUCGACGCCUCCGAAUUCGCCAGGAUGGUCUCGGCCCCGGCAGGCCAGACGGGCUCGGACCGUCGCCUCCUGUGGCACGGAUCCCGCUGCACCAACUUUGCCGGAAUCCUCAGCCAGGGCCUGCGCAUCGCGCCGCCAGAGGCCCCCGUGUCCGGGUACAUGUUCGGCAAGGGCAUCUACCUGGCCGACAUGUCGUCCAAGUCGGCCGGGUACUGCUCGUCGUCGAUAUCUGACGGUCACGCCCUCCUACUCUUGUGCGAGGCCGAGCUGGGAGACCCCAUGCACGAGCUCAUCCAUUCCAGCUACAGCGCCGGCGAGGAUGCCAAGAAGCUCGGUAAGGUUAGCACGUGGGGUAUGGGGAGGACGGGUCCUUCCAAGUGGACUGACGCUUGUAUUGUGAAUGAUGGCUUGAAGGGUAUCAAGAUGCCCGACCCUGAUACUCCGCCCAGCACUAUUUGUGAAAAUGAUCGAGUUCUCUAUUACAACGAGUAUAUCUGCUACGAUGUUGCUCAGGUCAAGAUUCGUUACCUAUUCCGGGUCAAGAUGUGA